UAUUUCGGCAUUUCUUUAAUCUUUAUUAUUUAUAAAUAUAGAGAGGUAUAUAGGUAUAAAAAUCAUAUCGUUGUGAAAAGAUACUUUUGAAAGUUGAACACAAUGUUAGAAACACAAUUUUCCUUGUCAUGGGAGCAACAUAUGCUUAACAUAAGUCACGGUUUAAGCAAAUUCCGCCAGAAUGGUGAAUUUGUGGAUAUGACUUUAGCAGCUGAUGGAUACUUCUUAAAAGCUCAUCAAAUGAUACUGUCCCUUGUUAGCCCAUAUAUCAAAGAUAUCAUAGCUUCAUUACAAUGCACACACCCUGUUAUAUUUUUAAAUAAUGUAUCAUAUAAAACUUUAUGCUCAAUAUUAGAUUAUGUAUAUACAGGAGAAGUACAAGUAACUAAAGAACAACUAGAUGAUUUGAUAAAAGCCGGCAAAGUAUUACAGAUCAAAGGAUUACAAGAAAUGACGUCACAAACAACAUCCUCAAAUUUACCAUCCAAUUUAAUUGAUCCUAGUGUCAUAAUAGACUCAAAUAGUUCAGAAGAUAAAAAUGAUCUAUUACAGACCAAAAUAGAAACUUUAGAGGAAUCAGAGGAGCAAUUUAGCAUGACAGAUGAUCUCACAAAAAAUGAAUUUAAUAAUAACCAAGAUCUUUUUGAGAAGGAAGUUGAAUUACAAUUAGAAUGUAAUGACGGAAAAGUGAAUGAUCCAGCUAUGUCCCAGAUAGCUUGCAGUAGCAAUUCUAAAAAUGCUGAUAAUUCUUCUUUCAUUAUCAAUCAAGAUAGCAAUGAUUUUCCAACUCCUUUCUUCACAAUAUCAAAUCAAAGCUCGUUGCAGUUGGUAUUAAAUAGGCACUUAUAUUUUCUUAAAUAUAAAAGUACAAGUGCAUCUGGUCAUUCACAAUGGAAGUGCAUAAACUACAUCAACACGAAGUGUCCCGCAUAUGUAAUUACUAAAAAUGAUAAGGUUAUCCAAAGGCAUCUUAGACAUGCGCAUCCAUACCACGAUAUCAAGAUCGCUAAGAAAGUUGCAUCUGGUGAAAUGUUUUCUAGUAUGAGUAACGCUGAAGAAUUUGCAAAAACGAAAAAGGAUUCUAAAUCUAGAUAUAAUAGAGGGAAGAAAAAUUAUACAACAUAACAGAAAA